AGUACGAGUCGUGUCAGUGCAGGCGCAUGAGCUACCUUCAAACGCAUUUCGUAUCGAACUACGAGAAAACAACCUUGCUCUCGUUCUUAUAAAGUUGACUGAACUGUCGUUGACAUCAUUUACCAGCCAUGUGGGCGCUUGUCGGUUGUUUACUAUUCGCACCUGCAGUGAUUUCGAAUAAACUUCAAACAGUGCAAGAUGAAAGAAACUAUCUUUUAAAAAAAGAACUUAACAUGAUGGUGGGAAGUGACAUUGUUUUAAGUGAUAGUGAACUAGUUGCUAAUGAAACUAUUAUGGCCCUCAAACUACACGAAUUGGAUAGCGGAUUUAAAAAUCCUCAGCUUUUUCACUGUUCUAAACACUUUUUUGAAUACAAGGAUUCUGUCAAGGAAACGCCUUUGUACAAAAUUAUACAGAAGAUGCCGAAAGGAGCGGUUUUACAUGCUCACGAUACUGGAUUACUGGGCCCAGACCAUGUUUUGAAUUAUACAUACUGGGACAACUUACACAUUUGUUACGAAGAUGAUACCGUGAAAUUUCUGUUCUCACGUGACACACCCACCUCGCCGUGUGGCAACCAAUGGCAAUUGCUGAAAAACGUCAGAUAUUCAUCUGGCAACGUUGAAAAGUUUGAUGAUGAACUUAGAAAACAUUUCACCAUCGUUAUUGACAAGCCUCUAGACGUUUAUACUGACAUUAAUAAAGUGUGGUCUAAAUUCCAAAAUUAUUUCAUUAGUACCAGUGGGUUGCUCUACUAUAAGCCACUUUGGGAGCAAUACUUCUAUGACACUUUGAAAGCAUUCAGAGAAGAUAACGUCAUGUAUAUUGAAAUGAGAAGUGUUUUGCCAGAGUUGUACGAUUUAGACGGUAACACUUAUGAUGCCGUCACGACGGCGGAGACAUACAAAAAAGUGCUCGACGUGUUUGUGCGUGACUAUCCAGAUUUUUUCGGAGUUAGAUUAAUCUAUGCGCCAUUAAAAAUGGGAAACUCAGAUACAGUUAAAGAGUAUAUUCGUACAGCGAAAGUCAUAAAAAAGAAAUUACCGCGUUUCUUUGCUGGUUUUGAUCUGGUUGGCCAAGAAGAUAUAGCUCCGGCUCUAAUAAAUUAUUUGCCUGAGUUAGUUGAUGCUGCUGACGAAUUGGAUUAUUUCCUCCAUGCUGGUGAAACUAAUUGGCAAGGUUUAAGCGAUGAGAACAUUUUUGAUGCUGUAGCCCUAAAGACAAAACGUAUAGGGCACGGUUACGCUAUAGCUAAGCAUCCUAUUCUGAAAGAAGAAGUCAAGAAAAGAGGAAUAGCGCUGGAAGUCAAUGUUGUGUCUAACCAUGUUUUGAAAUUGGUUGAAGACGUGAGGAACCAUCCUUUAGCAACGUUCCUCGCUGAGGGUAUGCCUGUAGUUUUGUCCAGCGACGACCCGGGAGUGUGGGAGGCUGACCCUAUGUCUCAUGACUUCUAUUUGACGUUCUUAGGGGUGGCCAGCCGUCGAGCUGACUUAAGGCUCUUGAAGAAGCUCGCUUUAAAUUCUUUGUAUUAUAGCACAUAUCCUGAUAAAGAGAAGAUUGUAUUCGAGUUUGAAAAGCGGUGGACGAAGUUUAUUGGAAACGGAGAAUUUCUUCAAGCAAUUGGUUCUUAAUUCUGAAAUACCUACUCGAGAGGUAAUGAUAUGACUACGGCUGAUAGAGACAUGGUCACUAAAUUGUUAUAAUAUGUAGUUUAAAACUAACAUCGGUAUAUGUUUGUAUGAUGGUGUUGAAAAUGGAUGGAAUGGUUUUUGUAAUAUGAAAAUAAUGUCCAAUGUGUAAAUACAAAUAUCUCUACAAGCGAACGUUCCAAUAAUAUAUUUGCACUUCUCGAAGACACUGACAGUAGUGUACCUAAAUAUAUUUUUGGAAAGUUGGCUUGUAAACGUACACUUGUGAAUUCGACCGUAUACAUUAGAGUUCAAAAAAAUCUUGAGCGUAUACCAUGCAGACCAUGCUCUUCACUUGUUACUUGGU